AUGGCGUGCGCGUGCAGCACCCUCGGUCUCAGUUCCCCUCGGAUUUUGCCGAGAUCUGUGCCUGUUUCGCCGUCCAGGUCGAAGCCGCUCCAGGUCCGCUGCACCGUUGGAGGUAAUGCGCCGUCGGGUUUGUCGAUUUCGUCGUUUACCUCAGGGCGCCUUCCGUGGUUUGAAGCAUAUGCGCUCGAGUGUUAGUAUGGUCUGUGUGAAGGCAAUUUAGGAAGAGUGUUCGAGGACAUUCUGUGAAUUAACCUCCAGCUAUUCUGUUCUAUUUGCUGUGAUGGUAUGGUAGGGUAGGGUUUUUCGUCCCUAAUCAGAUGAAGGAGAGUAGUGGAGCCUAUAUAUCUUUUCUAUAUUCCACUGUGGAGAGUACUUGGCUACCAAAAAAUGUAUGCAAGUAUUUGAAGCGCUUAUGUGCCAAAUCUGGUACCAUGGAACUUGUUUCCUGAUUGCACAAUCUUCGCAUCUUCUUCCUCGGUUGAGCCCAGUUCUGCCACGCACUGUCAGCCCUUUUAUUUUUAUUCCAUAGCUUAAUCUCAAGGGGAAAAAAUUAUCUGUAUCUUACUCGUUAUUCUACUCUCCCUUUACUUGCUUCCGUUGACUUACCAGUCCCCAGGUAAGGUCACUCAAUCCCUUUUGCCGAUGUAAGAGCAUCAACUAGAAACAUGGUUGUGUUUCAGGUAGUUCAGCCAUUUUCAGUGUAUGGCUCUUCGUCACUCGACCAUUAGUCCCAGCUCAUCAUGCUGAUCAAUUAUUUUAGAUGGCUCUCCUGUCUGGCUCUUGGAAUUUCUCGAUCCUAAAUCUUCUUUUCUGCCAUCCACUAAAGAGAUCUAGUUCUAGUGAUGUAUCAGGAAAAGGGUUGUCGAUGUUCAUAGAUUAUGAUGAUUUCUUAUCAUUGACAUUUUGCACAAUCGUAGUAAGAUUUGAUGUGUUCUUGAUCAGCUGUUUCGUUGAAUUUCUCAUACUUCAUGUGUUCAUUCUGUAAGUGCCAUUGGGCGAGAAGACUCUCUCAGACGCUUCCAGAUAACUCUGAAAGUGUUUCUAGAUUGUUUUUGUCUGAUAAUAGUUAAGCUUUAGAUCGUUUACCUUUGACAUUGUUGUCCAGAACUCGUGAUGGAGCCAAAGGUUUCUUCUGUAGAUGCGCCCCUGCUGCUAAAGGCAGUGAAUGGAGAAAAAAUAGAAAGACCCCCAGUCUGGUUGAUGAGGCAAGCGGGGAGGUACAUGCAGGUUCAGUAACUUCUUCAUUUUUUUGAUUUUUUUAUUUUGCCAAACUUAGCAUCACUUGAUUUAUAUUUUAGCCUCGGUUCUCUACCCUUUAAUACUACUUAUGAAGACUUUCGGGUCAUUGCUUCUUGAAAUUUUUCUUUAUUCAUCUUAUUUUCUGAAACUGUGCUCCAGAACAUUGCAUCCUUUCAUCAAUUCAAAAUCAGAUUCAUCUCCCUGGUGUAUGUAGUUCAUGUACUCCUAAGCCAAUGGCAACUUGCCAUUUCAACUAGAAUUCCCUUGGUUUUAGUCUUUUUUUAUAUUUAGAAUAUUUUUUUUGUUGUAAUAACAGGGUGGAAAUGCUUUUUUUUUUUUAUCUUCAGCAGUGUUAUGAUUUUAUUCAACAGAUUGGAUGUGGUUUGCCACUCUGUCUAGAUACUUCAGAUUCGUGGUGAACUUGUAUGCGCUCACACAGUUUACUGCUCUCUGUUUUCAGAGCUAUCGAACACUCUGUGAGAAAUACACUUCAUUCCGUGAGAGAUCGGAAAAUCUUGAUCUGGUGGUCGAAAUCUCUCUCCAACCAUGGAAGGUUUUCAAGCCCGACGGAGUGAGAUUUCCUUCUUUCCAUCUUUAGAAUAUCGAGAACAUUUCGUCUGAUUCGUAUUGGGCACCCAUUUCUUUCUAUCCAUUUCCUAUCUUGUAUGAAAUUAACUUGACUGUUCUUGGUUACUGAGGAAGAACAGACCCGGUGUUUUUUUCGUAAAAUUUAUUAGUUUUUAAUUAAUCUUUCUACGCAUGGAAUGAUUUUGGAUUAUUUAUGCUAAUAAUUAAUUAAUCAAUGGAAAUUUCAGAAAAUUCUGAAUAUUGAUGAACUUGAGAUACCUUGGCUAAGUUAUUAAUACUAGAUUCUUCAUUUAUUUUUUGCAUGAUUUGGACCAACCAUGCUGACUUAUUAUGUGCUCGUGCUGCAUUCUUUGGCAGGUCAUCUUGUUCUCAGACAUCCUCACUCCUCUCUCCGGGAUGAACAUACCGUUUGACAUCGUCAAAGGGAAGGGGCCCAUAAUCCACAACCCGCUGAGGGAAGCUGCUGACGUUGACCAAGUGAGGGACUUUGUUCCCGAGGAGUCGGUCCCAUAUGUCGGCGAGGCUCUCAGAAUCUUGCGGGCCGAGGUUUGUAUGGAUCCUCCCUUCCUUACUUUAUAUGGGUGGGGAUCAGCUCCUGCUUCUUAGUGCUAAUUGAUUAGAUUCUUGCUUCCUAAUGGGGUAAGAACAUGGUUGACGAACUGGUUUCUUCCUCAAAAAAGAAAAAAAGGUGAGUCAGUUAAAUUCUCUAGGCCAUAUGAAUCCUGGGUCUGGUCUUACGGGCCUCAGCCUGGUCCAAUGAGAGAGAGAGAGAGAGAGAGAGAGAGAGAGAGAGAGUUGCGGAAACUAUAACCACGUUGACUUGCGUCAUUGACUUUGACCCAGGUAAACAACGAGGCGGCGGUCCUGGGAUUCGUGGGGGCCCCCUUCACUCUGGCUUCCUACGUCGUUGAAGGCGGCUCCUCGAAGCACUUCUCCAAGAUCAAGAACCUUGCCUUCUCUCAACCCAAGGUGCACCACCAACACCACCACCGUCAUCACCACCAUCUUCGACCGAUUUUGAGAGAUCUCACCGCUGUGUGCAUCAUCUCCGCAGGUGCUGCACGCGCUGCUGGCGAAGUUCGCCGACUCCAUGGCCCGGUACAUCGGCUAUCAGGCCGACAGCGGCGCGCAGGCGGUGCAGAUCUUCGACUCGUGGGCGACGGAGCUCAGUCCGGUGGACUUCGAGGAGUUCAGCUUGCCCUACCUGAAGCAGAUCGUGGACCAGGUCCGGCAGAGCCACCCGUCCCUGCCGCUGAUCCUCUACGCCAGCGGCUCCGGCGGGCUGCUGGAGCGGUUCCGCCUCACUGGCGUCGACGUCGUGAGCUUGGAUUGGACGGUGGACAUGGCGGAGGGACGGCGGCGGCUAGGGCCGGAGGUGGCGGUGCAGGGGAACGUGGAUCCCGGUGUUCUCUUCGGCUCGAAGGAGUUCAUCACCGCGAGGAUAAUGGACACGGUGGCCAAGGCCGGAUCCCACAAGCACAUCCUCAAUCUCGGCCAUGGGAUCGUCGUCGGCACCCCCGAGGAGAACGUCGCCCACUUCUUCGAGGUCGCCAAGGGGAUCAGGUACUGA